CCUUUUUUUUUCCCCCUUAGUGGUAUGUGUGCAACAGAGAGAAGUUAUGUGAAUCACUUCAGUCUGUCUUUGUUCAGAGUUAUCUUGAUCAAGGAACACAGAUCUUCUUAAACAACAGCAUUGAGAAAUCUGGCUGGCUAUUUAUCCAACUCUAUCAUUCUUUUGUAUCAUCUGUUUUUAGCCUGUUUAUGUCUAGAACAUCUAUCAACGGGUUGCUAGGAAGAGGCUCGAUGUUUGUGUUUUCACCAGAUCAGUUUCAAAGACUGCUUAAAAUUAAUCCGGACUGGAAAACUCAUAGACUUCUUGACUUAGGUGCUGGAGAUGGAGAAGUCACAAAAAUCAUGAGCCCUCAUUUUGAAGAAAUUUAUGCCACUGAGCUUUCUGAAACAAUGAUCUGGCAGCUUCAGAAGAAGAAAUACAGAGUGCUUGGUAUAAAUGAAUGGCAGAAUACAGGGUUCCAGUAUGAUGUCAUCAGCUGCUUAAAUUUGCUGGAUCGGUGUGAUCAGCCCCUGACAUUGUUAAAAGAUAUCAGAAGUGUCUUGGAGCCCACCCAAGGCAGGGUUAUCCUUGCCUUGGUUUUGCCCUUUCAUCCCUAUGUGGAAAACGUAGGUGGCAAGUGGGAGAAACCAUCAGAAAUUUUGGAAAUCAAGGGACAGAACUGGGAAGAACAAGUGAAUAGCCUGCCUGAAGUGUUCAGGAAAGCUGGCUUUGUCAUCGAAGCUUUCACUAGACUGCCAUACCUGUGUGAAGGAGACAUGUACAAUGACUACUACGUUCUGGAUGACGCUGUCUUUGUUCUCAGACCAGUGUAGACAUAUGGAGGCCUAAGCCUUCAGAGUCCACCCUGGAAUCUGCCCUCCAGAAGAGGGGCUGUGUGCAGUGAUGUGAGGGGGACUGCCUCUGGGGGCUGCCAUUCUCAGUAUCGUGUAGGAAUUUUAAAAGCCAAAAUACUAAUUCUUUCUUUGUAGUGUGUAAAGGAGUGUUUUUAAAAACAAAACGCCAACUCUUUGUGUAUUUUUAAUCAACUCUUUACUCAGAGUCAAGCUCCAAUGCAGGUCACUCUCCAAUUAUGAUGGAAGAUAUUUUUUAUACUUAAUUGCUGUAGGGACUCAUUCCCAGACAGAGCAAUAGUCAUGAUGUCAUGGAACUGAUAAAUGGAUUGUUUUUAAUAAAUGAAGACUGGCAAUAAAGCUGUCCAUUGAAUUCCAAAUAUUGGUUAUAAGGUAGAGCCACUGAUAACUCUUUCAUGUUUAGAAACUCCUUCUGUUACUAUUCAAAAAAUGUUUUUAAUCAUGCUAAUAAACGUUUUUGGAGAUGA